UGUGUUGCAUGUAUUUACAUUGUUAGAAACUUAUUAAUAUUGUAGUCAAUAAUUCAAUUUUAUAUCGUAUAUCUACCACACGACGUCACUUAAUUUGUUUGCUUUUAAGUUAUUGGAUUUUAAUCAAUAAGGUCAAUUAUAAGUCUUGUUCUAUGGUCAAUUAAAAAGUUUAACCAUAUCUGUCUCAGAAUACAACAAAUUUAACUAGUGCGUGAACCGCAAUUUAUGGGGAAAUUUUGUCUGGAAGGUACUGAUUUGUAACUAUGGCUAUGGCUCUAGCAAGAAAUUAUUCGGAUUCCAAUGAUGAGCUUUGGAAAGAAUGUGUUCAUUGGCUCACCCGUUGGGAAAUAAUCAGGCCUGAUCAUAAAUUAAAUUGGGAAUCAGCACACAUUGCUGAUUUGGCUGCCCUUUUAAGAGAUGGAGUUAUCUUGUGUAAACUAUUAUGCAAAAUCGAUCCUGGGUGUAUUGAUAUUAAAGAUGUGAACCUAAAACCUAUAAUGGCGCAGUUCUUAUGCUUGAGAAACAUUAGCAUAUUUAUUAAAGCUUGCAAAAAUUCAUUCGGUUUAAGUCCAGCAGAUUUGUUUGAGGAAUCAAUGCUAUUUGAAUUGACCAAUUUCCACAAAGUUUUAUGCACUUUGUCCAAACUUUCCAAAACUGAGAAAGCCGAAAGUAGUGGUAUUCUAGGAUUUUCCGCUGAAUGCGAGGACGGCGUUGAGGAGGAAGGGAUAUAUCAAAGUCUCACAAAAAUUCAACCAUCUGCGCCGAGAGGCUUAGAUAUAGGCAGUUCAAUUGUCACCGAUAGCGGCGUUACCUCUGAAGAAAUUUACCAAGAUUUACUUGUAGCUCGCAGUUCUAUCGAGCAAAGUCAACCGCAAGAAAAGCGGGAUUUUGUUAUUAAAGAACUCUUAGACACUGAGAAAAAUUAUGUUGAUGUCUUAAACAAACUGAAAGUUAGUUUUAUGACGCCCCUCCAAAGCCAAAUGAAACCUGAGCACCAUUCUCAGGUGUUUUACAAAAUCAAGGAACUCUAUGAGGUUCAUUCAGGAUUUCUAUUGGAAAUGGUCAAGAUCCGAACCAAUAACAACGUGAAACUUGGACAACUCUUCCAAAAUUUCAAAGAGAAGUUUCUCAUUUAUGGUGGCUACUGCGCUAAUUUAACUAAAGCGACGAGUCUGUUGCAAGAGCUCUGUGAUGAAGACGAAAACUUCAAUCAGACCAUUAUUAGUUAUGAGAAGGAAGUGAACAAUGGUAGAUUUAAGUUGAGGGAUGUCCUGUCGGUGCCAAUGCAGCGAAUUCUAAAAUAUCAUUUGCUCUUGGAAAAACUUAUUGAGUUAACAGAUAAGAACCAUGAUGAAUAUUCGGAACUGAAAACGGCAUGGGAGUCUAUGUUAGAUGUGGCUCGUUACAUAAAUGAGGCACAUCGAGAUGUGGAGCAUUUAAAUGUGAUAAACAACUUACAAGAAACAAUUCUGGAGUGGGAACAUGAUCCUGAUAUGAGACUAUCGGACUAUGGAAAGCUGAGAAAAGACACCGAGUUGAAAAUAAAAGCUCACGAUGACCAGAAAACUAGGAAUAGAUAUGUGUUUAUUUUUGAUAAGUGUAUUUUAAUUUGCAAACAACUGAAAGGAAAUCAAUUCGCCUACAGAGAUAUUCUUAAUAUUAUGGAAUAUCACGUAGAGGAGAUUCAUAAUAGAGCCAUUUUAAAUAACCAGGGACGGCGGUCGUAUAGUUUUUUGCUGGUCAAACACGCUCAAGAAAUGGCCUACACCAUAUAUGUUCGAACACUCGAACUGAAGGACCAAGUAAUAAAGGCAAUCGCGGAAGCACACGACAACGUGCAACCAAGAGCUCUUUCUCAUACAAACCAUAAUUUGGAAUUACACACGUUUUCAAGUCCGAUUCAAUGCCAUUACUGUCGUAAGUACCUUAAGGGAUUGAUCUUCCAGGGAUAUUUAUGCCAAAAGUGUUCUUGUGCCGUUCACAAAGACUGUAUCGAAUUCAGUGGCCGGUGUGGAUUACCUCUGAAACUUGUGCCUCCAGCGGCUCCACUGACUCCAAUAGAAAGAGAUCCAUUGGCAACAAAACUGUGGUACGUUGGUGAAAUGGAACGAACGGUGGCCCGAAACAAGCUGAUGUAUCGCGAAGAUGGAACGUUCUUAGUUAGAAUGAGUAUUGAUUCUGCGGGGACAAAAUCCGGGGAUUACGCCGUUAGUUUACAAUAUAACGGAUCGGCCAAGCACAUGAGAAUAUCGAUGAUCGACGAUGGACCGGGAGAUGCAAAGAAAUAUUUUCUAUCGGUGUCGAGGUUUUUCAGUAGCAUUGAAGACUUAAUCAAGUAUUAUGAAAAUCAUAGUUUAAGAGAAAAUUUUGCAUUGUUACGUGAAGAUACUAGGCUGUUAUACCCGUUUCGGCAGUUAAGGGCUAUAGUAUUAAAGAACUACGACGCUCAAACUAGGGAUGAAUUAUCCGUACGAGAAGGACAGGUUCUUAAAGUUUUGGAACAAGAUGGCUAUCGGGACGGCUGGUGGAAAGGUAGGACUGGAGAUAACAGGAUCGGUUAUUUUCCUGUCAUGAUAAUAAAACUCGAUGGAUAUAUAAGAUUUGAUUAAAGGAACUGAAGAACUUAAGACUAGUCAAUCGACCGCUAUCGAGAGGAAAGCUAUGAAUAUCAGUAAUAAUUUUUGUAUCGGGAUUUAGUGGUUUUUAUAAACUUAGGCAUGACAACGCAGUAUCAGUAUUUGUAUCAAUAUAAGUGUUCUUUUCUAACAAUAAACUGAAAAUUACAAUAAGUAAUUUUACGAGUGCUCGCAUGUUUGAUGAUUUUGAGGAUCUGAAUCUGAAGGUGGCUGUUCAGAUUAAUUCCCAGUCAUGUUGAUAAAAAAAAUUCAGUAAAUUUCUCUAUAUUAGGCGUCAGACGCCUUCACGUUCCGAUUUCUCAGUAUUGAUAAUUCAAGUAAUUCAAUGUACCAAUUUUUGCUCACGUAUAUUGGCCAUUGCUUGUGGUGCUGAUAGAUAAGUAUUUUCUGACGAAAUUAAGCUUUUUUUAUUAAAAAUUGCACUAAUUUCCUCAAGGCCUAACCAUUUAAAACAAAAAAAGGUUUAACAAUGAACCAUAAUUUCUACAAUGAAAAUUAUCUCUGUAUCUACAUAUAUGUAAACAUGGUAAGAGAGUCAUAGUACACAUAGGUUUAACUAUGUUUUUAAAUACAUCCUGGUUUUUACGUAUCUUCUAUGUCAGCCUUAUGCGGUCCACUCCUGGACCCAUGGUGACCCCCGAUCACUUUCGUCCAUCUACUGUCGUCCUGUUUUGAAACAUGUCCUGCCCACCCAUAUUUUAUCUCGGCCAUGUAGCGGAUUCGUCUUCUUAUUUUCUCGCUCUGGUCCGGUCUCUUAUGGAAACCCCAAUCAUUGCUCGUUCGAUUGCUCUUUGUGUUGUUCUCAAUCGGUCUGCAUUGCCUUUUGCAAUUGUAAUUGUUUUGAGUCAUAAACUUGUGAGUUUUAAAUGUAUUGGAAUGUCUGGAUUUUGUAGGAAGCAUUUUAGUUUUCCAAAAGCAGCCCACGUUAAUUUCAAUCUUCGCAUAAUUUCCGACUUUUGAUGCUCCUUUCCUAGUGUAAUGAGAUGACCUAGAUAUACGUAGUCGUCAAAUAAUAAUAAUUUAAUGUGAUGGGUGAUUGUGGUAACAUGAUAUUGAUGUUAAUUUUUAGCCCUAUUUUUCUUGAUGUUGUAUUUAAUUGUUGCAUCAUUUCCUUUAACUCAUCUGGAUCUUCGGAGAUGAGAACAAUAUCGUCCGCGAAGAGUAAGUGACUUAGGUGCGAUCCGUCGAUUUUUAUAUCCUUCUGGUUUUAGUCCAUUUCCUUAACUCUAUCUUCCAGUGCCAGAGUUUUACGUAUAAGAUACAUCAAAACCAAUACUUUAGUGUUUGUGCCAUUUGUUAGUGAUUUAAAGAUUAUAUUGCGUGUUUUCAAGCAAAUCAGAAUGUACACGAUGCAAUUUUUUAAAGUGUAUUGAGCGCAUUUGAAAAGGGAGAUUUGAAUGAUCUGAUGAAUGAAUGUAAAAUAUGGAAAUCUCUAGAAUUUGACGAUCAAGCGCAUUAACAUUCUGCAUAGAAGGUAAAAUGGUAGUAAUUUAAUAAAUAAACGAAAAUUUCAGUUCGGAUCUUGUUACUACAAGCGCACGUUUUAGUGGUGCUGUCAUUUUGUUAAUGUUCUAAAGAAGCAUAUCAUUUAGGAAAUACAUACGAAAUUGAAUAUUAAGUGUCUUGUAAUUUGUUCAAGCAAAGUAGCUUUUGUAUACAUAUAUUUUAUAUAUCUUUGUUAACUAUAAACUUACAAUCGAUUAAUAGAUUUAUUGCAUAGUUAUUAAGAACACAUUUUUUGUAAUUUUAAUUUCACAUUAGCUGUUGCAUGUUAGAUGUUUUACGUCACUUAAUUUAGUAUACCAGGUGUCAACUAAUGCGACUCAGUGCACUCAGCAAUUAAAAUUGCUCUUAGAUGGCAAUUGUUCUCAUUUAGUAACGUUGUGUAAAAUCUGGGCAAUAAAAGACAUGUAUGACGCAACUCAGAUUCAGAUUUGAAGAAAGUAUUUAUGCUUUAUUCGGUUUUUACCAAAAAAUUAAUUAAUGAAAUAAUUUAAACAUUAGUAAUUUUGGUGACAUUGCACAAAAAUUUUCGGUUUUUCAUCAAAUUCAAUAUUUGAUUCAAUACUUCAGCUUUAAAAUCUGGAAGUUUAACAACUUGAUUAUUUUUUUUAUAUCUACAGAAAAUCUACGACAAAAUUAGAACAACCAAAUUAUUCAGGAUUCUAUUCUGUAUUGCUUUCAACAAAUAUGUAAUUUUUAUUAAAAAAUCAAUAAUAACCAGUUCAUACAUAACACAAUCUUAUUUACAUUAUAUUCAAUACAUCCUAGGAUUGUACGAAGAAAGCAAAUGAACUUGUAAUAAAUAAAAUGUAAAGUGCCAAAUGCUUUUACAGGUAAAUAUUUAUCUGCAUUCGACUAUUUUAUCACAUUUUUAUGGAAAAAUAGUGUGUACACUCGUUCUCGUUAAAAUUGAAAAGAAAAUCUAUAGUAUAUUUUAGGUGAUCACAUCGACAAAAUGAAAGAUCUGAACCAUGAAAAAAUGUAUGUAAUAUUACGUACUGACGAUUUGUAAUAGAUCGAAUGUAACGGAAUUUAUUAUUCCUGGAAGUUGUGUUUGAUAUAAGAAUGCUUAGAACAACGAAAUAGUAUAAAUUUCAGUAGUUCACAAAACUCUCGUCCGAGAAUAUUUUUACUAAUUGAUAACUAUUUCAUGUAUAAUACUUUGCAUCAGAUAAACAGCAUUUUUAACAAGGUAGCACAACACUAUUUAUUUAUUGAGAGAUCAGGCAUUUUAUGUGAUACUUUAUUAAGAUAAGUUCAUAAUUAAUUAUUAUUCUGCAACUUUUAGUGAAACACUUUUAACGAGUUCAUUUUAGAACAAAUGGCAUAUCAACUAGUUCAUUUUACAAUUAUUUUCUUGCUGGCAAUUAGUGGUGUGAGAUUCAAUUACUUUUGGAUUCAAUACUCGUUACUUCGGAUCAGUUAUUCAAGCACUCGUUCUAGUGGUUAGUUGAGAACCGAUUUUGGCAUUUUAUUAGUGCCCUUCACAUUUGUUAGCCGGACAUUUAAGUUAUACAAACCAAUGGAACCCUUGAAUUUAUGAUUUCCCUAAUAUAUAUCUACGUCAAAGAGUAUAUAAACAGGCCAUUUUUAAGUCAUUUGAUUCUCUAUUGUACUCUCUAUUGUUAUUUUCGAUAUUGUACACAGGCAUUUAGAACCCUCACGAUUGUUAAUACUUGCGGUUUCCAAAUAAAUUGUCUUGUUUAGAUAAUUUUUGAAACCAAGUUAUUCAACUCCGACGUUGAAAAUCAAACGCGGCGGUCGGUAUCGGGAUUUGGUACUGUACCAAUUACCAGUUACUUUAGUUAUCAGUUAGUCUGAGCGAGUACGAGUAUUUUUGUUGAUUUUUUUAUUUUUUGCGUAUUCGGAUUAGUAACGAGUACUCGAAUACCGAUUAGUUACUUUUUUUCACACCACUACUGGUAAAAUCGGGCAGUAGUUUAGUUGGCAUUAAGAACUACAAUUUUCUUAAAUUGGUUCCGCAUUUGGAUAUAUCCGAACUCGUUAAAAGUUGCAAAUAACCUUACAUGACAUUAUAUUUCUAAGGUAAUUUUCGUGACUGUACCCGAAUAAUUGUUCAAAUUUAUACAAAUUAUAUGUUGGAAUAAAGUAACUGAUAAAUUCA